GCGCAGGCCGUGUCAAAUUAAACAAUUUAAUUCAAUGCAGAUAAAAAAAUUGUAUUUUUUUAUAGUUACAUAUCUAAUGUUCAGUAAUUACCGGGUACUCGAACCGCCGCUUGAUAUAACCAUUACGAAAACUUGCAGCACUAACUAACAACAGCUGGUUAUGACCUAUCUUCCAUCGGCUAAAGUGAAUUCAAGUUGGUUACUUUUCUGUGGGGUUGUUUAUAAAAGUUUCCAGUUUUUCUAUUUUUCUAUUGAAUUAAAACAAUUUUAACGGUAUAAAAAUGGAGCUAGCUGCAUCAGCUCGUUGCGGUAUCAAAGCUUUACAGCUAUUACAACCCCCAGCCAUGCAGGCAUUGUUGCAAUUGCAGUCCCAACAAUUACGUUACAGGCAAACAAAACAUUGGAACCCGAAAUUCAAGAAGCAACGUGCUCAAAAAUUUGUGAAAAUUGAUUUGCCGAAUUUUCAAGAAAAAUCUAGCGAUUUGUCACAAGACGAAAUGCGCAGUCGCUUGAAGGAACGUGGCGUGCUACCACCACGUCCUUGGUUGGAACGUCCAUUCCAUAUAAGCUGUACUGGUGGUAUUUUCGAGCCAUAUGUGCCACCGGAAGGCGAUGGCAAGAAGUCGUUCAUUUCAUCGGCUGGUGCCAAGCAAAAGCUAGAAUUUCUCGAAAAGAAAUCGAAAAGUGUAAUGGCAGUGCGUAAAAUACGUUCAUAUGAAGAAGAGUUCAGCACUGAUGAUUUUCCCAGUCAGGCACAGGAUAUAUACAUUGCUGCGCAUGCGCAAAUGGCAGCGAAAAAUAAACAUCAGUUACGUGAAUUUGUAACGGAACGUUGCUAUCCCGAAAUGAUGCAUAACGUGCGAGACAAAACCAUACAUUGGCGUUUCCUGCAAUCAUUGGAGCCACCACGUCUCGUACAUGCGCGUGUAACUGAUAUUAUCAGCAAGGAGAACUUAUAUGCGCAAGUUACUGUGCGUUUUCACACGCAACAAGUAUUGGCUAUAUAUGAUCGCUUUGGACGUUUAAUGCAUGGUAGUGAAAUUAUUGCUAAAGAUGUGCUGGAAUAUGUGGUAUUUGAAAAGCAUAUUUCUAAUGAGUACGGCAAAUGGCGCUUACAUGAUAAAAUUAUACCAGAUUGGUUACCUCCUAGGGAACCAGCACCGAUUACCUAUCGUGUAAUUGAAGAACCUGAAGAGGCAGUGGAAUUGCUAGCGGAGGGCGAUAAGAAAUUAGAGGCUGGUACGGAAAAACCAAAUGUAGAGCAACCAGCACAAAUUGAAGUGGCUCCGACAGUGUCGGCAGCCGUGGAAGUUGAUAGUGAAAACAAGGCGUCGAAAGUGACAAAACCAAGUCCAACUAUUUGAUUAUACUUUUUGCUGGCAAGCUUUCGUAUCAAAACGUUGGAUAUUCGUUGGAUUAAAUAAAAUUUGGUAAACAAAUCGAAAGCUCUUAAAUUUUAAUUUUUAAUAUACUUCCAAAACUAUGGCUCGAAAGAAGUUUUCUAAUUCAUAAUGAAAUGCCAUUUUGAUUGCUUUUCUUAAAAAGUUUAUGAGGCAAGUAAAAAAAGAAAAAUCUAAAAUAAACUAUGGACAACGGAAAAAA